AUGGUAGCAAUCGACAUCGACGCUCUCCGCACCUACCUCGAAAGCCGCAGUUUGCCCAGCUAUCACAGCAGGUCGUCGUCCAGCAAAAGCACCUACCGCGGCUACUCCGGCGGCGGCGGCGGCACCCUGCCCGUCUGGGCCAUCGUGCUCAUCGUGUUUGGCGCGUUUGUGGCCAUCCUGAUGGCCGUCCUUGUUGUCAGGCGUCGCAAUAGAAAGCGCGACGAACAGGCGAGGGAGGAGAACGAGGCCCUGAGGCCGACCCCGUCCUCGCCCAUCGUCGGCGACGCGUACAUCCACGCCGACGACGACGGCUACCGAAGCUCGGAUCGCGACUCCAUCAUGCCGCUGCAGCCGGCCUCGGCUCCCCUCAGCUCCACCGCCGACUACUACAGCUCGCCGCCACCACCCUACACGGCUGCCACCAAUAAUAAACCUCAGACUUGA